AUGGGGGUAGGCUUUGUGUUUUUCUUAGGAGGCAUAGCAUUUAAUUAUAAGUACAAGCCACCUACUAAGGAAAGCAAGCUAAACAACCUGCUGCAAAUCCUGCGUGCAGCGAUAUCAAAGAGACAUCUUAGCGAUAGUACUCCUUCCGGAAAUGUCAUUCCAAUAUUAAGGUGGUUAGAUAAAGCUUCGGUUGUGGAACCUUCACCUAGUCGGGCAGAACAAGUAAGGAUAGGAAGACUUUGGAGUCCUGAAGAUGUACAGGAAGUGAAGAUUCUGCUCUCUAUGGUUCCUCUGUGGACGACAUUCCUUGCUUACGGCCUACUGCAGGCCACAGGAAACACUUUCUUUAUUGAACAAGUCAGUUACAUGGACAGUCAUCUGGGUCGAAUUUCCAGAGUUCCCGUAGUUAUUUUUGUGAUAGUGAUAACUUCAACUAGCUUCAUAGUCUCGCGUCUUUGUGAUUCACUAUUUCCGGCUUAUUGGAGUCAGAAAGUUCCACGGAAAGUUAUGCUUACAAGGAUUGGAGCUAGAAUGGCAAGUUCACCGUUAUGUUGCAUAGUUGCUUGGAGGAUUGAGAAGUACAGGCUGCACAAGUAUGUGAACCACGACGUUUCCAUCAGUGUUUUCUGGCUAGUCCCACAGUUCUUCUUACUGGGGUUCAUGGAAGGGCUAGUGUAUGAUGGGAUGGAAGAAGUGUUUUAUGUGCAUGUUCCUGAAUCAUUCAAGAAAUACGGGCCGUCUUUCACUCAAUUCGCUCUCAACAUUGGGAAUUUCGUCAGCUUAGUUUUUAUCUUAAUCUUCCACGGUUUGUUCAACGACAACUUAGACACGAGUGGAUUGGCGACGUAUUAUGCGUUGUUAGCUUACAUAUGCUUUGUGAAUUUCCUGUUUUACUGCAGUGUUGCAACCUAUUAUGUGAAGCAAUCCUAUCAUGAGAAAGACGAAUCAGCAGUUGAGCAAGAACUAGAGCAAAUCCAGAAUUUGGACAGCCAUGAAGCUACUGAUCAUCAGCUGGCUGUAUAA